AUGACCAGAUGACGGUGACCGGUCGUGAUCAGCCUUCAAUAUCAUGAUAAUAAGUGAAAAUGGAUAAAGAAUUGUGUACCACAGGAUGGUAGAAUUUGAGAGUGUGCAGAUGAUGUAUUGUUUAGAAUGAAUAAACAAAAUGGAAGAGAGAAUUCUGAGACAACCUUCUGGACGUAACCAGCAAGGUGGGUCCAGAAAGCUAUCGGGUCAUGGCCAGCGGGAUCGGUCAAGGAAACUCUCUGGUCAUGGAAAGCAUUUAGACAGUAGGAAGACCCUGGGUUCUGGAAGAGUUGUAUGCUGGGGUUGUAAUGAGUUUGGUCAGAAUUGUAAUCCUGCGAAGAAAGAUGUAGCCUUCAAAGAUGGUCUCCUGAGCAGUUUCAGCAGUGACAUUGGAGGUCAAGUAAAGAUUGCCGCUUGUGGAGCCAGUCACUCCCUUGUUGUUACAGAUUCCAACGAAAUCUAUGCCUGGGGGAAUGGCAACAGUGGACAACUUGGAAGUUUGAGCACAGAUAGUAGCUGUGAGCCAAGGCGAGUGGACUUGAUGAGCGUUGCUCAAGAUACUGUGGUGUCUGAUCGUCUCCAAGUGAUCCAGAACAAGCUGGCCCAGAGGACUAGUCCUCCAGAAGUGGUGGAUGUGGCCUGUGGAGGGCGUCAUUCGAUGGUCGUUUUUAACAAUGGUCAGGUGUACAGCUUUGGAAACAACUUCUAUGCCCAACUUGGUUACAACUUCAGAGAGAAAAAUUUUAAAGAAAACCAGACUCGACCGUAUCUCGUGAAAUCCCUGAUAGGUAAACCAGUCUCUGCAGUAGCUUGUGGUGACAAACACUCCAUCUUCAGAUUUCAGUCUGGCUCCAUUGCUUGUGUGGGGUGCAAUGCCACUGGACAGAUUGGGACAGGUGAUAGAGAGGAGGCCCUGGUGCCAAAGAUUCUUGAGAUGACCAGUCCCAUUACACAGGUGGCUUGUGGCUCAAACCACAGUCUAGCAAUUACAGAUCAAGGUGAGGUUUUUAUUUGGGGCUCUGGAAAGGCCUGUGGAAGCAAGUCCUCUGAUUUAUUGUCACCUAUCCCCAUGGCAAUUGGGAGGAGCAAAGUCACAAAGGUCGCAGGAGGGAUGUGUCACAGCAUGGCUCUUACAGCCUCUGGAAACAUCUACACUUGGGGAUCUGGAUUGGACGGACAACUAGGACAUGGUGAUCAAGUUUUGUUUUUGUCAGAACCUCAACGACUAAAAUACAGCCACCUUAAAGGAAAAGUUCAUGACAUCUCUUGUGGAGAAUCCUUCUCUGCUGGUGUUACAGACAAUGGACGUCUGUAUAUGUGGGGUAAAAACAGUCACACAAUCUGUCCAGCGAAAGUGUCCAGUCACCGUGUUUGGGAACCACAUUGUGUGAACUUGAGGAGUCACUCAGUACAGUUUGUUACGUGUGGAGCGUGGCAUGCGGUCAGCAUAACCGGUUCACCUGAAUUUGUAGAGCAAGCCAGUUUUGACAAAUCCGAGUGUUCCGAUUCUAUUUGUUUGGAUCGUUUAGAGGAAGACUUGGCAGACUUUGACGAUUUGGAAUCAGCUGUCACACCUGUAAACAAUCAACAGGACCUGUGUAUAGAGAACACAGAUGAGGUUGGAGGGUUGUUGCCCAGUCUGAAUAUUCGCCGGGACAUGACCACAAUUGACAGGGACAAAACAAAGCUCAGCCUAGCAGAAUUUUAUGCACCGACACCAGAUAUUCCUCGAGAACCCAUGCAGGAGGACGAGGACGCAGAACUGGUUACUGAUGUACCAGUGAGUGCACAAUCUACCAGACUGGUGGUUCAGGUUUCCUUAAACAGCCACAGAGAAGAGCCACAGAUGGCCUCCCACCAUGUUCGGGAUGUGGCAACAUCACCUAUACCUUUCAGCAGCUCGGAGUCCGAGAGCGCUGCUCAGGAAUAUGUCAGUCCUGCACCCACAAAGGUGGACAGUGAACAAACGGUGCCAAAUGAAUUGUCAGAAAGUCAGGAGGCACGAGAGAACCGUGAAUUCCGUGCCAAAAUACAGAAGACUUACAACAGGGAAGAUAUGACCAAACUAUAUCUCAAUUAUGAUCGUCAAAAAACUUGUGGGAUGAAACAUCCCCCUUCUGUUGUACAAGUCAGUCGAACUCCAGCAGAUAGCUUUAUGCUUCCAAGAGAAAAUACAAACUUUACUAGUAAACAGAUUGAUUUUACUGAAAUUGACCAUAUAAGAUCUAAAAGUAACAACAGAUCUCCAGAAAAGUUUCUCAUUCAAGGGAAGUCCGCUACAGAUGUAGGGGUGAUUAGAAUGUUUGAAUCAUCUUACACAGGUAGAUCUUACCCAGAAGAAGGACCAAGUAGAUUACAGUUCAUAGAUAACUCAAUCUAUAGCCGAGGAGGCAACAACUUUCAUCAUAAAUUCCCUGACGGACGUCUUAUGGACAGUCCUUCCUUGCGGUCUGGGCGCCAUAGUGAGACAACAGUUAUCAACCUAUCACAAUUUGAGCGGGCUGCCAGUAAUUAUACAGUGUUAAUGACGCGUGCCUCUGAAAGUUCUUUAGCUGAUUAUGCUCGAAGUUGGGCUGCACCUGAAACUUCUGAUGACACUCGAUCAUCCAGGACCAAAAACUACAUCAAACCUCCUCAGUCAACGAACAGUAUUCCAAACAAGAACAAUGAGGCUAAUUUUGGGAACCGCAAGAUUUCUAGCUUUAUUCGCCGACGGAAGUUACAGAUUUCCAGGUCGGACACAGUGGUGGCUCCUCUUAAAAAUCCUGCUAAACCUUCAGGUAACAAGGUCAAAGACAUGCAGAGGUAUGCAAAGGUCCACAAUCCUCAGGGUACAUCCUUCAAACAGGACAGUAGAGUACGCCUUGGACAGUCGCUGCAGCGAAAGGUCAGCAUACCUGCUAGUCGUGCGUACCUGACUAGUGAGGAACCAGGGGAUGGUCUGUGUGUAAAAGGUCAAACAGGAUCAACGAGGAAGAACCCCACAUAUUCUAGUGCCUCGUGCUGGAGAGAUAAGACUGAUAUGGACAAAGUAAAGGCUAUGAAUGGUCAGAACUUGUCAUCCCUGUCCUCCGAUCAUUCCCCCUCGCAGGUCACCCCAGAUUCUCACAGGGAGGUUGAGGAAGGUAUGGCAACAGCUAUGGAGGAGCAGAUGGAGACAAUUUCCAGGGACAGUAAUAAGCUUAGCAAUGUUCUCAAAGAGAACAACAAUAAAAUGCAAUACAAACCUAUAGACAAAUUUAGACGUGGGAAACUAGUUGCAACAAGGAGCCAAAGUUGUGAUGAUAAUAGUACUGUGAUGUUGAAAAUAGAACCUAGGGGAGUUUCUAUUGGUGCCAAGGAUAGUGGAGUGUCACAAGUACAGUAGAGCCUUGACUCGCCAAAACGUGCGGGACGUUCACGAUGUCAGUCUGCACAGAGCUCAGGUGUUGAUAUUUACCUAAAACGAUGUGUUAACCUCGCUAAUCAGAAGACAAUGGGACAUUUUUGAAGAGAAUCUUCAAAGUUGGCCUGCUUCAUUACUCACAGCGAAAUCUGUAAUACAAGAUGCUAAUCUUGAAAUGUUUAUUUGGCUUUUUUAUUCUUUCUUGUGAAUUUGCAUGAUCUUAUGUUGUUCACAAUAUAAUUUGACAGACAAGAAA